AAGCCGGGCAGUGAGGUGCAGUAGCAGUCAUACUCCACAGCGUCUAGGGAGUGUGUCAGUCACCGCUCAAAUAUUCUGUCUUCGGGUCUGCUGGAUUUUGCGUUCCCGAAGAGAGGUCAUGGCCAAAUGUACUGCCGAGGUUGAGUACCCGGAAUUAGUGACUGUCUCCGCCGCUCUCAAGUGUAUUAUUAGCUUCUUCGGUACUUUAGGUAACGCGACCAGCUUAUGGUGUUUGGUUCAGUGCCGGAAGACUAACCCAGCGGUGAGGAUACAUCUUGUGUUCGUCUUCAGUGUUUUGCUGGGCAUAUGUCUCAUCACCCUCCCUGGCGUUACCUUCAUCAACUACAUCAGCGCCUUCUGUAAGGUGGAGUCUGUGCCUCAGGGUCUUCGUAUUUUCUUCUCCAUCAGUAAUUCUGUACUUCUUCAGAUCGACAGGAUAAACUUUACCGCCAUCGCUGGAUUUAAGAUGAUCGCUGUGUUCAGUCCCCAUCGUUACCAGAGUGUGACUAAGCUGAUGGUAGUUGUGUUGGAGGUGUUCAUCUGCACCUACGCCCUUCUUCCCUGGCUCUUUGGUAUAUUCCAGGAUUUCCAAUACGCUACCUACAACGGUCGAUUCAUGGCAGUGGACUUUGGUCAUAGAAACUCAACCCUCAAUAAUGUUAUUUACAUCUGGUACGGCGUGAACUACUGUCUGCCGUUCCUGCUUACUCUUGUGGCUUACCUACUGAUGACAGCUUCGAUGAUACACCAGAAACAGAACCUCGGGAUGUGUGCUGUGUCUGCCUCAACUAUGGACCACGUCACUUACACCCUCCGAGUCGUCCUCCUGACCAACCUGGUGCUCGAUGGACCUCACGUUAUUGUCCAUCAGCUGCAGGAACAGAGACUGGCCUCCAUCAUCACUCACAUGAUCUUUUACCUUCACCUUCUGAUUGAUCCAUUAGUGUUUGUGGGUCUUAAUCUUCACUACCGACGUCUUCUACUCCGCCGCCUGGCCAAGUCCAUCCCGGCAGCUUUCUCCGCUUACCUCGGCUUAUCAUCCUCUGCUAGCGACGACAACGAAGUCGGGGACACUCCACUGAAGCCACUAUCUAACUCUCUGGAGCAAGUUGACAGAUACAAAGCGUGUGAGAGCACAGUUAACUACACUUACUGAGGUCUUGAUGGCCGGCCCUCUCUUCGACCACAGAUUCUCUCCUAUACUUGUGGAAGGUUGACUGAUUACAUUGUGAAUUCUAAAACAUGGACUCCAGCAACACAGCUUGUAUAAUUAUAAUAUUGUUCUUUGUAUACACCAAUUGUUUUCUUAGAUUUUAGAUAACAAUAAACUAAUGUCGAUAUCAAACCUAACCUAA